CCGCAAUGAGCUGACAUGUCGGCACCUCAUUGGGUCCACCAAAAUUUAAUACCAAAAGAGCGCUUUACUCCCAGAAACCAAGACGUUAACAAACAAAACAUAUCUCCACCACCGUUUGUUGAGAAGCUCAAAAACUCCGACCAAAAUCAACUUCCAAAUUCCUCCAUCGGAGCCGCCACCCACGGCCGGGGUUUCUCUUUCUCGCACAAAAUGUUCCGAAUCAAUUUUCAUAUAAUUCUGAUUCUGGGGUUAAUGUCGACGGUAGCGCAUUCCAUGCGGUUCGACCUCCAAUCGGGCGCCACCAAGUGCAUUUCCGACGACAUAAAGAGCAGCGCCAUGACCGUCGGCAAGUACGCCGUCGUCAACCCCAAUGAGGGAUCUCCUGUACCUGAUUCCCAUAAGCUCACUGUCAGGGUGACCUCACCUCAUGGAAGUAACUAUCACUAUGGGGAUCAUGUGGAGUCGGGAAAUUUUGCGUUCACUGCUGCAGAGACUGGUGAUUAUUCAGCUUGCUUUUGGGUGUCGGAUCAUAAGCCCUCGACCACGGUGACGAUUGAUUUUGACUGGAAAACUGGUGUUGCUGCUAAGGACUGGUCCAAUGUUGCCAAGAAAGGGCAGAUUGAAUUGAUGGAACUUGAGCUGAAAAAAUUGUAUGAUACUGUAUCAUCCAUUCAUGAUGAGAUGUUUUAUCUACGUGAAAGGGAGGAAGAAAUGCAACAACUUAAUAGAUCAACUAACUCCAAGAUGGCGGUUUUUAGCGGCCUUUCGCUUUUUGUAUGCCUGUCGGUGGCUGGUUUGCAACUAUGGCAUCUCAAGAUGUUCUUUGCGAGGAAGAAGCUCCUCUAAUUUUUUGUUCUGCAGUUAUGUACUCACACUAUUUGUUGUUCCCCUGUAUUUUGAGGCCAAAUCCUAAGUUGGACAGUGAUUUGUUCUACUGAGAGUUUAGCUUCUAGAAAGGAGUCCCAUCAAAGUAUUGGUCUGUAUUGUUGAAACUGGUUCUCUACUUUUUCCAGAGCAAGGAAACUGACUGACUUCAUCAA